GAGAGGACUCUGAAGAUGACUAGCGCCUGCUAACCGCUCGCUCUCUCUCUGCCAUAAGUUAUAACGAACACAGAAUCGGAACCUCCUUCAAAUCCGAAGAGAAUCUCAAUCUCAAUCUCAAUCUCUUCUUCUACUCUUUCUUCUAGGGCUUUGAUUUUGAUUUGUUUCGAUUCGAUUUGAUUCGAUUCAACUCCAUUGUCGUUGCCCGGUGAUGUCCAAUGGACGAGGAAGAUGACAGCACAUUGAAGAAGCGGAAGAAGAAGAGGUUUUUCGCCACCGACAGGAGGAAGAAGCUCCUCCGCCUCAAAUGCUCUGUGCAAAACUAUGACUGGGGGGUUGUCGGGAUUAAUUCGCAAGUCGCGAGGCUGUUUUCGCUCAAUUCCGGUUCCUGCAGUGCUGAUCCGGAGAAAUGUUAUGCGGAAUUCUGGAUUGGGACGCAUAAAUCGGGUCCUUCUUUCGUUGUUUUUGGACGUGAGAAUAAUGCCGCUGCUCUCGGAUCCAAAGCCCUGAGUCUCAAGGAUUGGAUCUCGGUCGAUCCGGGUGCUGUGCUGGGGGAUAAGGUUGCCAGGAAAUGGGGAGGUGAUCUUCCAUUUCUCUUCAAGGUGCUGUCGGUGGAGAAGCCUUUAUCUAUUCAGGCUCAUCCAGAUAAAGAAUUGGCGAGGGCUUUUCACGUAGCUCAACCAAGCAUCUAUAAAGAUGAUAAUCACAAGCCUGAAAUGGCUCUAGCAUUGACCGGCUUCGAGGCCCUUUGUGGUUUCAUCAGCUCUAAGGAGCUCAAGGGAGUGCUUAGUAGCGUUCCUGAGAUAGUAGAAUUGGUUCAAGAGGCAGAUGCAGAGAAGUUUUCAAAUGAUAGUGAGCAAGAUGGGAGGGAGAAAGUAAAACCACUUUUUGAAUCCAUAUUUAGUCAGAUCAUGUCAUCUAGCAAGGGCGCAGUUCGUGAGGCUGUAUCUAAACUAAAAAGGCGUCUUAGUUUGGAGAAAAAGAAGAGGCAACUGUCUGUCAAAGAACAACUGGUUCUCAGACUAGAAGCUCAAUAUCCUGCUGAUGUAGGUAUACUAGCAGCAUUUUUUCUGAACUAUGUGAAGUUAAAACCGGGCGAAGCAUUAUAUCUUGGUCCAAAUGAACCCCAUGCAUAUAUUUCUGGGGAAUGCAUUGAGUGUAUGGCAACCUCUGACAAUGUUGUUCGUGCUGGCCUUACCUCUAAAAAAAGAGACGUUCAGGCACUUCUUUCAAUGCUCAACUACAAACAG